UGCUGGAGUAAGCUUUGAGGCCACACGAUCCAGAUGUCUCAGUUGCUGCUCGGCGCGACAGGAAUCGUUCUUCUGAUUGUCGGAAUUCUAAGUCUGGACAUUAUGGGCUUCGCAUUCUGGAGGGACAACCAGUUCCCUGUGGAGGGGAAGACCGUUCUCCUCACCGGUGCCUCCCAGGGCUUGGGCAGGGAAAUCGCUAAGCUGCUGUCAGCGCGCGGUGCGAAUCUCAUCCUCGUCGCUCGAACCGUCAAGAACCUCGAGUCCGCCGUCGAGUACACACGAUCCCACGCGAGGGAUUCCUCGAGCCAACGCUUCCACUACAUCUCCGCUGAUGUGUCUUCCGAGGCAGAGAACGAACGUGUUCUUGCUGAAGCUACUGCGUGGAACAACGGUACCAUGCCCGAGAUUGUAUGGGCGAAUGCUGGCGCCUCGAUACCUGGGCUCUUCAUUGAGACUAGCACCGAGACUAUGCGCAAGCAGAUGGAUCUUAACUACUUCUCAGCGGCAUACCUCGCACACAAGACACUGAAAGCAUGGUGGUACCCUGGCACGCCGUACUCAGCAGGAAAGAGUGAUGUCUCCAAAGGCACACGGCACUUCAUCCUCACAUCCUCAGGUGUUGCGUUUGUUGGUCUGGCUGGCUACACCCCGUACUCGCCCGCGAAGGCAGCCUUGCGCUCGCUGGCAGACGGACUGCGCUCAGAAGUCCUGCUGUACAACGGGGCGCGUCGGUCGAAAGUUAUCUCAGGGCAAACACCCGCACCUUUCGAUGUCAAUAUCCACGCUAUCUUUCCGGGCACAAUCCUCUCCCCGGGCUUCGAGAACGAGGAGAAGACCAAGCACCCCAUCACACGCCUGCUCGAGUCAUCCGACCCCAAGCAGACCGAGAGCGAAGCUGCGAUUGCCGCAGUCAGCGGGCUGGAGAAUGGCAAUUACAUGACUACGACAAACUGGAUGAUUGGACUGCUGCGCUGGGGCUCGCUCGGCAGCAGUCAAAGGAAUAACAUCAUCGUGGAUACCAUGAUGAGUUGGAUCGUGUCUAUCGUCUGGCUCGUUAUGGUGCCAGAUCUCAACAGCAAGGUCUGGGGAUGGGGCAAGAAGGAGGGCAUGCCGAAGCUCAGGCAGAACGCGCAGUAGUGGCUUCAUGGAGCCUUUCAUCGUAUGCGGAUACCCAUUUGCAUUCACAGUGAACACAAUAAGAAAACUGUUUAUAGCUCAAAAAACAUCAAGCCCCGUGCGCUAGAAAACACUAAGGGGCUGCCCUAACACAGUUUCGGCUUCGAUCAAAGCCGCGUUUAACAUCACAUAUCAGAACUUUAGGCUUGGGAGUCAUGCUGGCCUCCAAGAGGGCUUCGAUUGCAAUCGCUUUGAGCACAGGUAUCUGUCUUAAUACUAUAUCGUCGUUGAACAAUUCGUCUUAUUCA